AUUUAGACCUAUACAAUUUUUCUUUCAGUCAUUUUGAUAUCAGUUUCCAUUCGAUAAUGGAUAACAAAGUUAUGUCUUGCAAGGCUUCUGAAAAAUUAAUGAAUUUUCGUUCACCCUUGAACGAAACUGCAAAAACUCCUAAUAAGGCUUCAGGAUGUACUUGGCAUAGAAAUGGAGAUAUUCAAUCGCCUCACAGAAAAACCGAAUGGAAGAAAUCUGAAAAAAUCCUUCCAAAUAUACUGCAUUCAAUAGGAAAUACCCCAAUGGUGAGAUUAUCUAAUUUAAUGAAGAAUUCGAAUUUGGAAUAUGAACUACUAGCCAAAUGUGAGUAUUUCAAUCCUGGUGGUUCUGUGAAAGAUCGAAUUGCCCACCGGAUUGUAGAAGAUGCUGAAAAAGCAGGAAUACUGAAACCAGGCGCUACAAUAAUUGAACCCACUUCUGGAAAUACUGGUAUUGGUCUCGCACUUGCAGCUGCUGUUAAAGGGUACCGUUGUGUGAUAGUUAUAUCCGAGAAGAUGUCAAAUGAAAAAGUCCCCCAGAACAGAGUUAAAAACGAAUAGUGAUGACCCGAAAGAACCUUCUCCUAAAGAAGAAUGAUCAUUCAAUAAAAGGACUCUGUACAUAAGAUUCAUAUGUCAUUUGUCCUUAUUUUGGAAAACCAAUUUUCCAAGUCUCUUUAGAGGAUCAUAAUCUUUGCCAGAAACGUUUCCACCGCCAUACUAGACAAUUGAAAGAGUUGAAACAGUUUACUACCAAACGCCCAAUUUGCGUUCAAGAUCCACUAGAACUUGGUCGUAACGUAACAUCGGUUGAUGAACUCAAUCUAUCCCGCUUCGUUAUGCAAUGCUCUACUGCCAGAGAAAUUUUGCGCGAUGGCGGAAACUUCAUGAUGAUCGAUUUAUUGUCACCUAUACAAGAGUUGAAGGAGUACUUCGAUGUAUAUUUAUACAUGACAACUAGCGGUGUUCAACACCACAAUCAA